AUGAAGUCCUUCUCUCCCCUUGCCCUGGCCCUGCUGGCCGCCGCCGGCUUCGCUGUCGCCGACCCUUCUGCCUCUGAUUGCGCUCAAAUGUGCGUCUCCAACAUGAACAACAAGGCCUCUGAGCUUGGCUGCAAAGCUGACGACAUGUCCUGCCUUUGCAAGACCGACGACUACAAGUUCGGUAUCCGUGACUGCACCAAGCAGGCCUGCCCCAGCGAUGACGCUGAGAAGGUUCUCUCCAUGGCUGUCGCCAAGUGCCCUGGCGGUGUUGCUGGCUCUGAUGCUAGCUCUACUCGGUCCAGCUCCGACUCUGACUCCAGCUCUACUGCCUCUGGCGCCGGUGCUGGCUCUGACUCCACUGGCUCCAUGACUGGUACCAUGACUAGCUCUAUGACCGGUGCUACUGGCGCCGCUGGCUCCAUGACCACCGGCUCCAUGACCGGUUCCGACAUGACUGGUUCUAUGACUGGCUCCAUGACCGGCUCUGGCGCCUCUGGCUUGACCACCAUGACUAGCACCGGCACUGUCUCUGGCUCCAUGACCACAAUGACUUCCACUGGCACUGUCUCCGGUACUGGUGCCUCUUCCACCGAGACUGGCUCUGGCUCUGGCUCCGAUUCCAACUCCGACUCCAACGGCUCCGGCUCUGACUCCUCUGACUCCAGCAGCGGGUCUGACUCUGCCUCCGGCUCUGCUGCUCCUUCCACCAGCACCGGUGCUGCUGCCCCCAUGGCCACUGUCGGCAGUGGUGCCAUGGGCGCUCUCGGUCUGGUCGCUCUCCUCGCCCUCUAA